CACGGAGAAUAACACAAGUGAGUCUCCCGCCUCAGGAACCAUACGGCUGAGUGGACUGCAGCCUGCACAGAAACAUGCAUGUGAAAUCUUCAGACACAUUCUAUGUUCUCCUGCUUAUUAUCUCAUCGACAGUGGCCCAGGACUGUUCCCAACCCUGUUCCUGCUCUGCAGCCCCCCCGCCCUGCACGCUGGGCAGCAGCCUGGUGCUGGACGGGUGUGGCUGCUGUAAGGUGUGUGCCCGGCAGCUGGGGGAACCCUGCUCCCUGCUGGAGCCCUGCGACCACCACAAGCAGCUCUACUGCGACUACAGCCUGCUCAGCGACUCUGACACCGGCAUCUGCAUGGCUCAGGAGGGUCAGACAUGUGACCUGGGGGAGGUGGUGUACCGCAGCGGGGAGUCCUUCGAGCCCAGCUGUAAACACCGCUGUGUGUGUAUGAACGGAGAGAUCGGCUGUGUGCCGCUGUGUACCAGUGACUUCCUGCUGCCCUCCCCUGACUGCCCAUACCCACAGCGCAUACACAUCCCCGGGAGGUGCUGUGAGGAGUGGGUGUGUGCGCAGACGCCGCCGGACCAACACUACCAGUCAGUGCUGGCCGGAGCCUCUCAGAUUCUCCCUUUACCCUCUUCAGAUCCACUCUUCAGGCAGGUGUUUCCAAAUGGACCGCAGGCAGAGAGUCCAAGAGAUAACUGUAUAGUCCAGACUACAGAGUGGAGUGAGUGCUCGGCCACCUGUGACAUGGGCGUCUCAUCCCGCAUAACCAACGACAACCAGCGAUGCCAGCUGGAGAGGCAGAGCAGGAUGUGCAUGGUCCGGCCCUGCAACACCCAGCAGGGAAAAGAAAUCAAGAAGGGGAAGAAAUGCAUCCGGACACCAAAGGCCCAGCAUGGGUUUCGCUUCAAGCUGUCGGGCUGCUCCAGCACCAGGGUGUACAAACAAAAGUUCUGUGGUGUCUGCACAGACAAUCGCUGCUGCACGCCACACACCACCAUCACAGCCGAGGUGGAGUUCGAGUGUACAGAGGGAGAAACGUUCACCAAAAAGAUGAUGUUUAUUAAGACCUGCUCGUGCCAUCAUGAAUGUCCACAAGAUAACGACAUCUUCCUGGCGUCCAACACUCGGAGUAUGAUUGGAGACUAUGAUAACGAUAUGUGAUUACGCACACACUCAUUCAGACAUAUAGGUCAGGACUGCACCAUUAUUACACCCGACUGGACCUUACAACUAUACCUAUGCCAAGCCUUCUGUGUAAUCCAGCCUUAAGGUAAUGGGUCAGUACAAAUAAGAUAACAUUUUCUUCUUUCACCUUUGUUUAGUUGAAGUGCAGCUCUUAGGUAGCAAGACUUUAUAAACCGCCUUACAUUAAAGGUACGCAAUUUCAGAGGACAGAUGCACUGACAAAAAAAUGUAAGAUUUCAGAUGCUACAAAUUAGCUUUUUCUCUGCUUCAAUACAUAUAUUAAUCAUCAUAGAGCAGUGGAUGGUGAUGUAUCAAGCGUUUGCGUUGGUACUCCAGAAUCAAAGAAAAGCUCAGGACAAAUAUAAAUAUUUGCUACAAAAUCAUCUAGUCUCAAAGCUCCACCUUCUAGUUUCACAUGAAACAUUGUUGGAUUUUGGCAAAAUCCUUCCACAUCUGUUCAAAAAUACAAUUUUGCAAGGGGUUGUGGACAGUUGGACAAACAUGAUCUGAUGCUAGAGAACAUCUUUGAACAGAGACUGGGGUUUACUAUUUCCGAACAUCACAACCAUCUGUUAUCAUGUGACCUCAGUUUCACACCUAGAUCGCUGAGCUCGUUAGGUAAAUUGACCUUUUAGCUGAUAUUAUUCUGCCUUUUCAAUAUAUCAAAAUUAAUUGACAUUCAUAAAGAUAAAUGUGAUUUUGUUACUAAGAACAGACCAGGAUAAUGCAGCCGUGUUGUUUGGCAUUCUACUGCAUAUAAUGUGCAGACAUGUCUGCAGGAAUAGAUAUUUAAAUAUGAAAACGAGAGCCAAGAGCUUGAUUUUCUUGAUUGUGUCUGUAAACUUGAGAUAAUGCCUUUAAAAAGUAUUUUAUCAAGUCCAAAGUUGUUCACCAUCUUAAAGGAGACAUGUCAUGGCCAUUUCCACCGAUCAUAAUUCCAUUGUUGAGGUCUACUAGAAUAGAUUUAUAUUGUGCAAUUUUCCAAACUCACAUUGGUUUCUCAUACAGCAUCUCUGUCA